AUGGGAAAAGGAGGGCAGAAUUAUGGUAACAGUGAGAAUUUGAGUGCCAAAACGGAGUCGAAAGGAGAAAAUUAUGCUCCAUGGUCAAAAGAUGUGGGAGAGUGUGAAGAAAAAUAUCAAGUAAGUCGAGACAAAGGAUUGUCCAACGCUGAUGUUGAUAAAAGGAGACUGAUCUAUGGGCUUAAUGAGUUGGAGAAACACGAGGGGACAUCGAUUUUUAGAUUAGUUCUGGAUCAGUUCAAUGAUACAUUAGUCAGAAUUUUACUUGUGGCUGCUGUGAUAUCCUUUGUAUUGGCAUGGUAUGAUGGAGAGGAAGGUGGGGAGAUGGAGAUAACAGCAUUCGUGGAGCCUUUAGUGAUAUUCUUGAUAUUAAUUGUGAAUGCAAUUGUUGGGGUUUGGCAAGAGAACAACGCAGAGAAAGCGUUAGAGGCAUUGAAAGAAAUCCAAUCGGAGCAUGCAACUGUUGUUCGUGAGGGGAGAAAGAUUUCAAAUGUUCCAGCCAAGGAGCUUGUUCCAGGGGACAUUGUCGAGUUGAGAGUUGGAGAUAAGGUUCCGGCUGAUAUGAGAGUUUUGAGUUUGAUCAGCUCGACUCUUCGACUUGAACAGGGGUCCUUGACUGGAGAGAGCGAGGCGGUAAGUAAGACAACUAGGGCUGUCUCGGAGGAUGUUGAUAUUCAGGGAAAGAAGUGUAUGGUGUUUGCUGGGACAACAGUCGUGAAUGGAAUCUGUAUUUGUCUGGUUACGCACAUAGGGAUGGAUACUGAAAUUGGGAAGGUGCAUUCUCAAAUUCACGAGGCGUCGCAAAGUGAGGAAGAUACGCCGUUGAAGAAGAAACUAAACGAGUUUGGAGAGGCUUUAACUGCUAUAAUCGGAGUAAUCUGUGCUCUGGUUUGGCUGAUUAAUGUGAAAUAUUUCCUUUCUUGGGAGUUUGUUGAUGGCUGGCCAAGGAAUUUUAAGUUCUCAUUUGAGAAAUGCACUUACUACUUUGAGAUUGCCGUAGCAUUGGCAGUUGCUGCUAUUCCUGAAGGCUUACCUGCAGUUAUUACAACUUGCUUGGCCCUUGGAACCCGGAAGAUGGCUGCUAAAAAUGCACUCGUUCGAAAGUUGCCAAGUGUUGAAACUCUUGGUUGCACGACUGUGAUUUGUUCAGAUAAGACUGGUACUUUGACUACCAACCAGAUGGCAGUAGCUAAGCUAGUUGCCAUGGGUUCCAAGGCAAAUGCACUUCGAUCAUUCAAUGUGGAAGGGACCACUUAUAAUCCUUUAGACGGGAAUAUACAAAAUUGGCCUGUGGGUGAUCUAGAUCUCAAUCUUCAAAUGAUUGCUAAGAUUUCUGCCGUGUGCAAUGAUGCUGAUGUCGAAAAAUCUGAACAUCACCAUGUUGCCAAUGGAAUGCCCACUGAGGCGGCAUUGAAGGUUCUGGUUGAGAAAAUGGGCAUUCCAAGUGGAUUACAUUCAGGUGCCUCCUUAGUUUAUGAUGGUGUAAUGAAUUGCUCCCACACGUGGAAUAGAAUUGAACAGCGGAUUGCCACCCUUGAGUUUGAUCGAGAUAGAAAAUCCAUGGGAGUCAUUGCCUGUUCCAGCUCAGGGAAAAGGUCCCUGCUUGUUAAGGGUGCAGUAGAGAAUUUAUUGGAAAGAAGCUCUUUCUUGCAAUUGCUUGACGGCUCUAUUGUAGAAUUAGAUCAGAAUUCGAGGAAAACUAUUUUGGAAAGCCUCCGUGAAAUGUCAACUAGUGCAUUACGAGUUUUGGGUUUUGCAUACAAGGAGGAUCUGAAGGAAUUUGCUACAUAUAAUGGUGAUGAAGACCAUCCAGCUCAUGAGCUCUUACUCAAUCCUGCAAAUUAUUCUUCAAUUGAGAGCAAUCUAAUUUUUGUUGGCUUGGCUGGUUUGAGAGAUCCUCCUCGCAAAGAGGUCCCUCAAGCAAUCGACGAUUGCAGAACAGCUGGCAUUCGUGUUAUGGUAAUUACAGGGGAUAACAAAAAUACUGCUGAAGCUAUUUGUCGCGAAAUAGGUGUCUUUGGGCGCUAUGAGGACAUCAGUUCAAGAAGCUUGACAGGAAGGGAAUUUAUGGAGCUUCCUGGCAGUGAGAAAGCAACAUAUCUAAAACAAGGUGGAGGGCUUCUCUUCUCUCGGGCUGAACCAAGGCAUAAACAAGAGAUAGUGAGGUUGCUCAAGGAAUCAGGUGAAGUGGUAGCAAUGACUGGGGAUGGAGUGAAUGAUGCACCUGCCUUGAAAUUGGCUGAUAUUGGGAUUGCAAUGGGAAUUUCUGGAACUGAGGUUGCAAAGGAGGCUUCUGACAUGGUUCUAGCAGAUGAUAAUUUUAGUAGUAUAGUUGCUGCUGUUGGUGAAGGCAGAUCCAUUUACAAUAACAUGAAGGCCUUCAUCAGAUACAUGAUUUCCUCCAACAUUGGUGAGGUUGCCUCAAUAUUUCUUACAGCUGCUUUAGGUAUCCCAGAGGGUCUGAUCCCAGUUCAGCUUCUGUGGGUUAACCUGGUUACCGAUGGACCGCCUGCUACAGCUCUUGGAUUCAAUCCACCAGACAAGGAUAUAAUGAAGAAACCGCCACGAAGAAGCGAUGACUCAUUGAUCAGUGCAUGGAUUCUCUUUCGGUAUCUGGUGAUUGGAUCUUAUGUUGGUAUAGCAACUGUUGGAAUAUUUGUUAUCUGGUAUACUCAUGCCUCCUUCAUUGGCAUUGACCUAAGUGGAGAUGGUCACAGCCUUGUCACUUAUUCCCAGCUUGCCAACUGGGGUCAAUGUCACACGUGGACAAACUUCUCCGUUUCUCCUUUCACAGCUGGAGCACAAUUGUUCACAUUCGAUGCAAAUCCAUGCGACUACUUUCAAACCGGUAAAAUCAAGGCCAUGACUCUCUCGCUCUCUGUAUUGGUUGCUAUAGAGAUGUUUAAUUCCCUAAAUGCUCUGUCCGAAGAUGGAAGUCUCUUAUCGAUGCCUCCUUGGGUCAACCCAUGGCUCCUUUUGGCUAUGUCAGUCUCAUUUGGCUUGCACUUCUUGAUCCUAUACGUGCCUUUCCUUGCUCAAGUAUUCGGCAUAGUACCCCUAAGCCUGAAUGAGUGGGGAUUAGUACUAAUUGUUGCAUUGCCGGUAAUUAUAAUCGACGAGUUUCUCAAGUUUUUGGGUCGGUGUACUAGUGGCAUCGGAAACUCGAACGCAAGGAGAUAUUCUAAGCACAAGUCUGAGUAA